AUGGAUAUGUCUCAACAUGGCCGAAGUGGUUAUCGGCCCUUCUUCUUGUGCCCGAUCUCGCUCGAAAUCAUGGAGGAUCCCGUCACAGUCGCCACCGGUGUCUCGUACGACCGCCGCAGCAUCAGCCGUUGGCUGGCCGACCACGACACUUGUCCCGUCACUAACCAGCGGCUUACGGAUCUAACACUCACCCCCAACGCUACCCUCCUCCGCCUCAUUCGUUCCUGGUCCACCACCACGACGAUCGCCGCCUUUGUCUCCUUCCCCGAGAUAUCUGAGAUUCUGCGAGACCUCCGUGACCGGUCCGUUCAUUCCGACGGCAAAUUGAGAGCUCUCAAGAAGAUCAAGACUCUGCUUCUCCGCGGCGCUGAUGCAGGCGGAUGUGUAGAUACAUUACUUAGCAUGGAGGAAGCGGGGGUGACGUCUCUCGUGGCCUCGUUGCUGAUCUGUGAGCCGUCAUCAUAUUUGGAAAUCACCGACGAGCUCAACGUCUUAAUCGACGAGGCGGCCGUCACGCUGCACCUCCUCAAGCCGUCGUCGGAGACGCUCAAGGUGGUCUCCGAGCGCAACGAAGGCGAACUCAUCGCUUCCCUCGCUUCUCUCCUGCAACGAGGGUCGUACCAGGGCAGAGUCGGCGCGGCUCUACUCCUCAGUUCGAUAUUCGAGGUCGUCGGAGAGGAGCUCAAGUCCCGGUUGCCGUCCGACGUGAUCGAGGCCGUCGUGGAGGUGCUGAAAGACCAGAACGCGAGCCGGAGGACGACCAUGGCGCUCCUCACCGUCCUCCUGGAGGUUCUUCCGCGGGGAGAUAAUCGGUGCAAGGCGGUAGAGACAGGGCUGGUGGACGUGAUGGUGGAGCUGCUGGUGGAGGAUGGCGCGGUGGACAAGAGGAAAUGUGAGGUAAUGCUGGCCGUGCUGGAGAAUAUGUGCCGCACGGCGGAGGGGCGGGCGGAGCUGGUGGCGCACCCGGCGGGACUGGCGGCGGUGGCGGCGCGGUUGGUGGGGGUGUCGAGCGAAGUGACGGAGUGGGCGGUGAGGGUUCUUGUAUUGGUGUGCAGGAAUUGCGGCGGCGACGCCGUGGCGGAGGAGCUGAUGCAGGUGGGAGGAGUGACGAGGCUGUUCGCAAUGGUGCAGAUGGAUGGCGACAGGAUGACCAAGAUGAUGGCGAAGAAGAUUCUCGCCAUGCACAUGAAGAAGUGGAGCAAGUCUCCUUGUUUCCCUUCCUAUUGCUUUCCAUGA